AUGAUGUAUACAUUAUGACAAAACGCGAGGAAAUCAAAUGCAAGAAGGAAGAUAAUUGCAACGACCUUGUAGUAACAAAGCGUGCACAGCGCUGCUUGAAGUAUGAAGCCCUUAGGAAGGAAAGACUAAGAGCAGAAGCCCUUAUGCAUGGUGUAUGCAUUAUGACAAAACGCGAGGAAAUCAAAUGCAUGAAGGAAGAACACUGCAACGAACUUGUAGUAACAAAACGUGUACAGCGCUGCUUGAAGUAUGAAGCCCUUAGGAAAGAAAGACUGAGAGCAGAAGCCCUUAGGAAGGAAAAACUAAGAGCAGAAGCCCUUAGGCAUGAUGUAUACAUUAUGACAAAACGCGAGGAAAUCAAAUGCAAGAAGGAGGAAAUUUGCAACGAACUUGUAGUAACAAAGCGUGCACAGCGCUGCUUGAAGUAUGAAGCCCUUAGGAAGGAAAAACUAAGCGCAGAAGCCCUUAGGAAGGAAAAACUAAGAGAGAAGUUACGUGCCGACGGCAGUAAGCGAGUUCUAAGACCAAGGUUACGAUCCAACAGCAGUAUUAAACGUACCAACGGCAGUAUAGAACACACCAACGGCAGUAUAGAACACACCAACGGUAGAAUAAUACGUACCAUCUGUAUAGAAACAGGUUGUAGUGCGCCGAGGGACAAUGGUGCGCGAUGUACGGAAUGCCUCAGAAAUUACAAUGCUAAAAGGACGCGGCUGAGAAGAGAGAGUGAUCUCAAAGAACACAACUCGUUGUUUACAAGAUGCCAAUGGGCUUUAUGCGAGAAAAAUAUCUACAACGCUCCUAUCAGUAUCUACUGCAAGGCACACACUCGAAUCCGUACGCAGAAUAAUACAAGUGAUCGAAGGAGACGUGCAGUAAACAGAGCCAAAACAUGGGAGAAGUUGUUCCGCAAACCACCGAAGGGUGCUGAUUCAACACGCACUAGUGGGCGUUAUGUGAAAGAUGAUUCCAGAGCACUUCAACAGUGUGGGGUUGUCUGUCAGGACCACUCUGUAUGUGGUAACUGGACAAGGAACAUUAUCCCCAUACACUGUCUUCACAAAGCCAACCAAACCCGAUAUGUACCUACAUCAGCGUCGGCUUGGCCGAAAUACGUCAGAAGCUGGAAACAUAUCAAGGAUGAUAUCUAUGAAGGAGUCUGUUUGCAUCCGUGGUGCAAGGAAGUACAAAGAUUUCCUUACUGCCCGACCCACAUGGCGAUCACACUUGCCGUCGAGGUAAAGCAGUCAACCAUCCCCUCCCUUCGGUACGGGUUGUUUGUGCUGGCUGCGUUCGUAGCCGAUGAGUUUAUAGUUGAGUUGGCCGGCGAAAGACUCCCCACCACCGGCGACGUAUGUGAAGGUGACUAUCUCAUGUCGGUCGAGUACAAUGGGGAGCGGAUCAUCGUGAACAGUGAUACCAGCAUGCAUGGAGUGGGGCGGUACGCCAACACGGGGGUCAAUGCGUUUCAGAACAACGCCAGGUUUCAGGCCUAUGUGGUGGAUGGAGUGCUGCGGGUGUAUAUCAUGGCCACACGACUGAUAAAGAAAGGAGAAGAGAUCUUCGUGGCGUAUGGUCCCGAUUAUGAUCUGAGAAACUCGCGCACGGAUACGAGUAGAUUUAGAUAAACACAUGAGUUCCUUGCUCGAUGAUGUUCGAUAGUAUUCCAACGUUAACAAAGCCUCAGCAGUCCGAAGGGAAUGCAAUGGCGUGUAAGUGGCUUGUUCUGGUCUCAUAUACAAUUUAUUGUAUCCGCUAUAGCGAAAGUAGUAGAUAUUAUCAAAUAAACUAUAACUGAUUUAAUGAGCCAUUCGCAGUUUCACAAUAUAAAUAUUUAUACUUAGACAUGCAUGGCUUAAUCUUUGAGACAAGCAUAUGACUACUGGCAG